UUUUAUUUGUUUGUACUCUCGUUUUUGCUGCUUCUCUCUCUACGUAACGUAUCGAGAUUCUGCCACGAAUGGGUUGUUGCAGAAGGUAUAGGAUAUUAUCAUUUUUAAGCUUUCAGUAUCCGGUGAAUUGCUGAAAGAAGAAGUCUAUAAAUUCAGGCAGCAGCCAUGGUUAGUUUGAGGCGACUGAAAAGAAAUUUUACUUUACAGAAUACCAUUUAUCUAGGACUUUUUGCAUUUUGCAUUUUCUAUAUUUAUAAAUAUGUGCUGGAGUUACCUUUUGACACCAACUCAUCGGAUGAGCUUUCUAAAAACAAGGAACCAAUUGACUCUAUUAUAGUGAAGGAAGAGAAGAGAGAAACAGAAAAAAUAGAAUAUGAAAGUGAAGCCAAAUGUGGUAAUAAAAAGCCAUGUGUCAAAGGUCAAUAUGCAUUCAGUCUUUCAAGCGGAGGUACCAAAGAUAAAAAAACCAUAUCACCAAUGUGUUUUAAUGGAGUAUCCACAUCACAAAAGGUCGGUAGAGGAAUGAAUGUUAUCAUUGUUGAUGAAAAAAAUGGAAAAAUAAUUUCAGAAGAUAUUUUUGAUUUGUGGGCUGAAAACAGCGACCAUUUUGUCCAGUUCCUUGAUGGUGUAAAGACCGGCCACGUUCUUGUUAUUACAACCUAUGACGAAGCAUCAAAACUAUUGUCUGAUCACGCUAGAGAUAUAUUGCGAGAUGACUUUGGUAGUAAAUAUAUUGGAGAGUUAGGCUACAGGGGAUCUUGGGCUUUCAUUGGACAGAAAGGAGUCAAACAUAAGGGAUAUUAUGAAAAGGUCACCAAACGACAAAAUACACAAUAUUGGGGAGACACAGUUGUUUUGAAAGGAUGUGCAAUACUACCAUUAUCAGAAGCUACAGAAUUAGCUGAAGUAAUAGAAGAUGAGCCAGCAGAGGGUGGAAAUGAAUUAAAGGAAAAGCCAGAAAAAUCAGGGGGUAUAUGUGGAGUAGAAGAUUGCCAGCCACAAACCAUUGCAGUGCACGUGCAGUCAAGUUGGGUUGAUGGCAAAACAAAGAAUUUCCCAGUAAUAUGUGUGGAGGGAAAGGCAUAUAUUUACAAAGAUGGUGGAACGGGUAAAGCUGGUCGUGGACUUAAUGUUGUAGUUUUUAACCCAGACACUAAGAAGGUAGUGACAUCAACUGUAUUUGAUACUUAUGAGUCUGAUACUGAUGAUCGGAGUAUAACUGCACUGUUGAAUAGUGUCGAUGAGAACCAUUUUGUCAUUAUAACAACUCAUGACGAAGCGACAAACAAGUUAAGUUUUGACACAAUGGCAGCUGUAAGAUCACUCGGUAGCAAGCACAUUAAUUCUCUCGGCUUCCGUUCAUCGUGGGCUUUCAUUGGUCAGAAGAUGUUACAGGGGAAUUCACCUUAUGAACUUGUAGGCGAGGUCGAUGAUGGAGGAUGGGGGUCAAAGGUCGAAAUACAUGAAUGCAUUCCAGUUAAGAUGAAAAAGGUGGAAACAGAGACCGAUGAUGUGAUUGGUGUAAGUAAGAAAAAAAUAGAUUUUUGCAAGAAAUAUGAUGGAUAUGGAGAAUUCUGUAAAGAAAACUUAGAAGUUCCAUUGCUACCUGUUGCCCUUGAUGAUGCAUCCUUAAAGAGUAACCUAGCUUACAGUACGCCAAUCAUCAUAGUAUCAGGUCCUGAUCUCUCUGACCUCCAGCGAACAAUGGAUUCUGUUCUUAAGAUUCCAGGAUUAAACAAUAAGAUGGUUGUGGUUGUUAUAGAGGAAAGUUUUGAAGAGUCAACUUCUUUAGUUCAGCUUUAUAAUUUUAGAAUUGAGCAUGUUAAAACAGCAACCACUUUUGCAGGAAUGAUGCAUAAAACAAUGCGUCUUACAAUGUCAUUGAAUUAUUUCAAGAAUAAAAAUAAAUUCAUUAUGAUUGAGGAACGUAUUGAGGUGAGCCCGGACCUACUGCGAUACUACUCUCAGACACUUCACUUAAUGGAUGAAGACAAGUCGAUAUUUACCGUUUCAGCUUGGAAUGAAUUUGGCUUCGCCAGCACUUCCAGUGAUCCAAGCCUACUCUAUAGAACAGAACUGUUCAUUGGAUAUGUUUGGGUUUUGCAAAGGCCUAUUUGGGAUAAGGAGAUUCGAGAUAAAGAGGGUCCAUGUUGCAAUCGGCCAACGUGGCAAGGCUGGUUCCUAGGUGACCUUAUGAAGGGGCGCGAGGUGAUCUGCCCUGAUGUCUCCAGACUCACCAAGCGGCUGCAGGACGGUUUCUAUGUGGAUAAACAUGAAAUAGAGGCAUACCAUGAAGAUAGAAUUGCAACAAAAGAUGCUAAUCAGGAACCAACAUUUGCAAUGAAAUUGGUAAAAGCGGCUUAUGAAGAGGAGCUGAAAAACCUAUUGCAUAUGAGUUCACCAGUGGACAAGGGAGUUUUGGAGAUGUGUAUAACAACUGGCACUACUACUUUAAACAUGAUGAAUAUAGGCCAGGAUGAUGAUUCAAAGAAUGUGUUUUCCAUAUUUUAUGAAGCUGAUUCUGAAGGCAAAGCCCUAAAAAAAUUAUGCAAAUGUUUUCACCUGUAUGUGCACAGGGAUACAACGGUGAGGAACAUCCACAAUGGAAUUGUCAGGUUUACAAUAGACAGAAAUAUAUACCUCUUGGUUGGCUCUACAUCAGAAUAUUUUAAGUUGAAACCAGCAGAAGUAUCUGUUUUUGAAGCAAACUCCUGAAAGAGGCAAACACCAUUUGUCUCAUGAACAUGGAGCACAGAGAAAUAUUGUCUGCUAUCAAAAAUCUACAGGAAGUUAUUUUUAGCAGGCAGUAAAUAAUGUGAUUGUCACUUUGCAGUAACCAUGUCAACGUUACUGUUCUUUAAUACUACAAGUGCCUUGGAAGUUUAUUUUUGUAUUUGAUGCAUUUUUUUAUAUAUUUUUUAUGAAGUUGGUAUAAUGCAUUCCUUUUAUAAUAUUUGGAUCUGUUGUGAGAUGUGCCUGUCAAAUAUAUCUGAGAUCUUGUGAGAUUUCUCUGUAUUAAUCUCUAUGAGACUUAUCUAUGGGUACUUUUAUUGAGAUCUGUGAGACAGAUCUCGCUUUGAGGUUUCUCCAUGAAAGCUAUAUAUUACACUCACCUUGGAGAUUUCUCAUUCAGAACUGUGAGAUAAUGACCUCUCUUUGAGAUCUACUUAUGAGCCCUAUUUUUGAGGCUACCAUACAAUUUCUUUGUGACAUCUACAUAUGAUGUCUGCAAUAUUUUUGAAUGAGAUUUAUCUAUAAGACAGAGAUCUUUCUGUGAGAUCCAUCUAUGAGAUGCAUCUGUGUGGUCUCUCAUUGAGGUAUGUCUGUAAGACCAGGAUCUAUCUGUUAACCACCUGUAUGAUUUUCUGUGUGAUCUAACCUAUAUAAUAUCUGUUGGUGAGAUCUAUCUGUGAGACAGAGAUCUCAAUGAGAUCUACCUGUGUGAUUGGUCUGUGAGAUCACUAUGAGACAUUUGUAAAGUCUGUCAGUGAGAUCUAUCUGUGUGACAGAGAUCUCAAUGAGAUCUACCUGUGUGAUUGUCUGUGAGAUCACUAUGAGACAUUUGUUAAGUCUGUCAGUGAGAUCUAUCUGUGUGACAGAGAUCUCAAUGAGAUCUACCUGUGUGAUUGUCUGUGAGAUCACUAUGAGACAUUUGUAAAGUCUGUCAGUGGGAUCUAUCUGUGUGACAGAGAUCUCAAUGAGAUCUACCUGUGUGAUUGUCUGUGAGAUCACUAUGAGACAUUUGUUAAGUCUGUCAGUGAGAUCUAUCUUUGAGACAGAGAUCUCAAUGAGAUCUACCUUUGUGAUUUGUCUGAGGUCACUAUGAGACAUUUGUAAAGUCUGUCAGAGAGAUCUGUCUGUGAGUCAGAGAGAUCUGUCUGUGAGUCAGAGAUCUCAGUGAGAUCUACUUGUGUGAAUUGUCUGUGAUAUCACUAUGAGACAUUUGUGAAGUCUGUCAGUGAUAUCGAUCUGUGAGACAGAGAUCUCAAUGAGAUCUACCUGUGUGAUUUCUCUGUGAAAUCACUAUGAGACAUUUGUAAAGUCUGUCAGUGAGAUCGAUCUGUGAGACAGAUCCCAAUGAGAUCUGCCAGUGUGAUUUAAUAAUGAAAUAUUAGAAGUAAGAGUUAUAAAGAAGUGCAAUGGACCUUUCAACUUCGCUUUUCACGUUAGAUAGUGUUUCUAAAGUACCACAAAUCGACAGCAUAAAUGUACAUAUACUUUGUGGGAGUUGUCCAUAUUAUUUGCCUUGUUCUGACUGGUCAACUGUUUUCGAUUGACGAUUGUGGCAAAGACAAACCAAACCAGUCAUCUAUUUUAUUGCGCUUAACUGACCUUUAUAUAGCUAUACAUCAUGUUAUGCUUUAAUUUUCCCCAUUUUCAAUGCUGAAACAACACUUUUUAAGAAUGUGGAGAUGGUUUCUGCCUUAGAAAUGCCCGCAACCAUAAACUUUUAAGACUGAUUUCUAAACUAUUGUCCUUUAAACAUGUUAAAACCCUUGCAAGUUUAUAAGGAAAUGUCAGAUUUAAAUGAUAGUUUUACCAUUUUAUAGCUCUCAUUUCACCGCUUAACCCUGUAAUAAUAAUUAAAAACGAUUUUUGCGACGAGUGACUGGUUUGGCCUGUCUUUGCCACAAUUUAAAAAGGUUCAUUAGUUCUUAAUAAAAUUAUUAACAUUUUUAUCGUAGAUCCUCAAAAUAAAUAAGCGCCACUCUCGAAUAAGCGCUGCACCAAACAUGAUUGUUUUCACUAAGCGCAGCUCUCGAAUAAGCACUGCAACAUUUAUUCAAGAUUAUUCUGUUUUGAAUAAGGGCUUAAUCAAGAGUACAUAUUACCAUGUUGCACUUUGAGAAACAGAGUUUAAAAUACAAUGUAUGCAGUGUUGAAAUGAAUAUGUAACACAAUGACAACACAAGCAUAUCUUUAUAAAUGUUUAUUUGCUAUGAUGUAGUGCCUACUGAACUAUGGGAUACGUGAGAUAUAGUAUGUAACAUGGGAACGGACUUAGAAAGUGCUACACAAAUAUCUUUUGUAAUAAAAUAAGCACCGCACUGAAGCGUCAAAAAUGUUAUAAGCGCCAUAACACUUAAUCAAGGAUUGAUGGUAUGUGUUUUGCUAAUUCUGUAAUUGAUUGAUUGUUUUUGAUAUUUAAUUGAAAGAUUUGUUUAAUAAUGACAUAUUUUGAUGAUAAUAUUUAUUCAAGUUUGAUAAGUAACCAAAUUUAUAAUAAUUGUUUGAUGUGAUUUUUUAUUUGGUAGCCCAUAUGCAUGUCUCCACAGCACAAGGUUAAUGCUGUUCUGGUGUUGAUGUUAUUCGACACUGGUCUUGUCCUAUGAAAUGUAUCAUAGGAUACAGCUCUUUCCACACUAUCAAGAGAAAAAAUACCUGUGAUUUGCCCAUUUAAUAUAAUAAUUUUUAAUAAUAAUAUAAUUAAUAUAAUUUUUUUAUAUACAUUCCAUUUUUUUUUAUGUCUUUCAAGUAAUCAUAUUACACUAAUCUAAGAAGAACUAAAAAAUAAAUCAGUAGGGUAGACAUUACUGAUUUCUCUUUUCUGUUAUAGUGUAGCAUUUCUAUAUUUUUAAGUUCUAUAAUUUUUUUUUUCUUGGAAAACUUUCCAAUCAGAAGAGUUUCCCCAACGCUGUGGAAUAGUUUGCGUAAAGUUCUUGAAUGAUAUGUCCAAUACUUUUGGAUAGUAUGCUAAAUCAAUUUACAUGUUGACAAACUUGGUAGUAUUGAAUUCUCUACAUAACAUUUAUUUGGAAAUGUUGUGUACUGCUCUUGGCUGGGUAAUCAAUGCAUCAUGAACUUUUUGUAGUAGUUGCGUAUCUUGAAAUAGGGGUGGGGAGCU